AUGACUUUCGAGCCAGAUACAUCCACAGCAACACGCGUCACUAACGAAAUCCAAUCGCUCCUAGCCAAGAAUGAUGCUGCAUCAUUGAAACAAGCAGCGCUCUUGAGUAGGGUGUUGCCUUUGCUUUUAGAGGCGCCUGAAGAUACGGCGGUGCAAUUGUCGUUUAUGCCACUUCAAGUACUAUGCGCUAGACUUGCAAUUGAUCUCAGAUUGUUUAAGAUUAUUGCGGAGCAUGGCGAAGGUAUUACAUCAGAAAAACUCGCUUCGAAAUCUGGAGGCGAGGAACUACUUAUCAUUCGAAUCCUCCGUGUUCUUUCCCUCGUAGGUUUCGUGACGGAAGUCUCUGAGCGAAAAUGGUCAACCACACCCGUAACCUUUGCCAUGACCAAACCCGCCAUCGAAGGUAGCCACAAACAUCUCUGGGAUAUGACCUUCAACACAGCGGCCAAAAUCCCAGAAUACAUGCAGAAAAACGGCUACAAAUCACCAACUAGUUUCAAUGACGGUCCUCUGCAAUACGCGCUCCAAACUGAUCUCGCUUGUUUCGAGUAUUGUAGCUCCAAGCCUAGUAUGUUAGACGAUUUUAACAAUAUGAUGACUGGAAUCCGACACUCGCGGCCGAGCUGGGUCCAGUGGUUUCCCGUGAAGGAACAAAUUUUGAACGGGUAUCGUGAGGGAACGACGCUUUUGGUCGAUGUUGGCGGCGGAUGGGGACAUGAUGUCGUUGCAUUUCAAGAGAAAUACGCUCUAACAGUACCCCUUGCCCUCCAAGAUCUCCCCCUCGUAACCUCACAAGUCCCCUACCUACCCACAAACAUCGAAGUCAUGAGCUACGACUUCCUAGCAGAAAUUCAACCAGUGAAAGGCGCCCGUGCCUACUUCUUCCACUUCAUCUUCCACGACUGGCCAGACGAGAAAUGUCUGCGUAUCUUCCGCCACACAGCCGCUUCCAUGACACGCGGAUACUCGAAGAUCCUGCUCAAUGAGUAUGUGUUGAAGGAUGCCGGGUGCGGGAUGGCGCCGGCGAUGAUGGAUAUUAAUAUGCUUACGCUGUGUGCGGGGAUGGAGAGGACGGAGAAGCAGUGGCGAGAGUUGGUGGGGAGGGCUGGGUUGGUGAUUUCGAGGAUUUGGAGACCGGAGGGGGAUACCGAGGCGGUUAUUGAGAUUGAAGUUGGUGGGGAGGGGGUGUAG